CGCAGGCACAAACACCACCAUCGACGAACAACGUGCACUCACCACCAACACCACCGCCCAGCCGCAGAACUCCAGUCGAACUACAGAACCCCAACGCCGCAGAAAGCAACCCGCGCCUUGAUAUCAACUCGACCGUAGGGACGGACAUCCAGCCUCGGCUCUCCCGCAGCGAAAACAAAAUUCAACCAUGGCCGAUUCACCUGCCGCCACACAGGGCGAGCAGCCCAAGAAAGUCACUUUCCGGUUUUGUCGCGAGUGUGCCAACCUGCUGUAUCCGAAGGAAGACAAAGCGAACCAGAGGCUCGAGUUUGCCUGCCGCACAUGCUACUACAGCGAGCCCGCAGAGACGACGUGUAUCUUCCGCAACGAGAUCGCCAACACCGUUGGCGAGACGGCCGGCAUCACACAGGACAUUGGCGAGGAUCCAACGGUGGGUGACUGUGAUGACUUCUCUGACGAUCCCAAUGCCGAUUUCUAUUCCCAACCACCUUCCUCCUUCUCCUUUCCCGCCGACUCGCCUGCUGCUUCCGUCCAUUUCUCUGCCGACCCCUACGCCGUUACCGCCGCUGCCACCGCUGUCCCGGAUUUUUGUACGAUGUGCGGCCAGGAAAUAUUCUGCGAAUUUUGCGGCCAACCGUCUGACCGCGGCUGCUUCUUGGAAGCGGACGAAGAACAGGCUGACCAGCUCAGUGGCAUGAUGACCCCGGCCAGCAUGACCAGCGAGAUGAUGGAGAGCUCACACACCCAGCUGCAGCAACUUCGCCUGCGGUCGGACCAGCCUGGCGGGGACGGCGGCAACCGGCAGGACUCCGUCGCUUCAUGAACGUAGCACCUGCACUGCCAUCAAAUCGUUCCGUCCAACCUGCUCAGUCCGUUUCAACAACUAUUCCUACCAGCACUACCGCCACCCCAGCGUCAUGAGCGCGGAAUUUGCGCACCAUUGCUUCUUUCUGCCGCCUACGGUCUCAGAAACGUUCGCUCCAUUGCAAUGGGGUUUUUCUAUGUAAAGAACAACGGAGACUGACGUUGGUGCGACCCUAGUUGCCGCGUAUCAACAAGACAUGCCCGGCCUGCCGCGAGAACGAGGCAGUUUUCUUCCAGUCCCAGCAGCGAACUGCUGAGACAGGCAUGAAACUCUAUUUCGUUUGUACGCACUGCGGCCACGUCUGGCAAUGAACAGAAUAAUCCCCACAUGGAGAUAUCUUCCGCACCAUAUUUUUCGCCUCUCGCGGCUGCGCACUUAACUGAUGAGAGAUGUGACAUCUACUUGCAUUCAUUUUGGCGCUUGGGAAACAGGGGCAUGUAUGCCAGGAGUGGUGAAGCUUUCAGUUUCUAGGAUGUUGUUUUCUUUCUCGAUUGUACAUGCACGUCUUUCAUCGAUGGAUACAUACCACGCAUCGAAGACGAGAGGCCGCUUCUAUAGAUACUUACAUACAACAUGGUACAACGAACAUCUUGCAUUGCCACAUUUGGAUUGGUUUUUCUUUUUUCCACUGUAGUUCAACCCAUCAUAUCCACU